UUCAAAUUCACCCCCCAAUCGCUCGUGGAUCUGAAGAGAAAUUCUCAUGUCCCGAAAAGCGAACGACACGUCGCCUGCCACGCAUGAUACUUCGUUAACGAACAACAACCAACCCGGUGGUGGUAACGGCCUUCCGCCGAGCCAUCCCGGUCUGAAGCGGACUCGCAGCGCUACGCUCCGUGAAUCCUCCGGCAUGUCUUCGAGCGGCAUGGUUGGGCUGCACAUGGGCAUGUACGGCAUGCCAAACUCGCUUCCGUCCUUAGAGCAGCGUAACUCGUCGACGUUCUCCAUCAGCAGCAUUUUGCCGAUGAAUCAAUCCAUGCACAUGAUGAGUAUGCCAUCGUUUCAUCCCGACGUCGAACCAAAACAGAAAAGCACGGCGUCCGACUUUAUGUACCCCGCGGAUGUCCAGCCCAUGACGUUUGACGACAAGCAGCGACUGGUUCACCGCAUCACGAUGCUACCGAGUCAAUACUUGCGUGGAUUGAUCGACGUGAUCAAGAAGUACCAGCCCGACACGGUCCGGCAGUUGGAUGAAGAGUACGUGUUCGACUUGGAACAGAUGCAUGAAAACACGGUGUGGGCCAUCAGCGAUUAUGUGCGCGAUGCGUUCUCCGAACUGGACGAAUACGUCAAGAGCUUGACAAACGCGGGAGGUUCCAAGGGUGGGUCCCAGCCCAUUUCUCUCCAGAGCAUCGAAAACUACGAAGCACCCCGCAUCCACGACAAUACCAAUCCCGAUCACCCAUCCAACAAACGCCGCCACACGGUCACGUCCGCGAUGGUGGACCACGCGACGCGACAACAGCUCCAGAGCAAUGGCCAGGUCAAGUUCAUGGAGCAAGUGGAAAUGUACUCGAAAGUGAAGCAAGCCAAGUCCAAAACGCAGCCGUCCCAACGCCAUGCAUGCGAGAUGUGCCACAAGCAAUUUCGCGGCCGGUCCGAGCUGCAGAACCACGUGCGCACCCACACGGGCGAGAAGCCGCUGGUGUGUUCGCACCCGAACUGCGGCAAGACAUACGCGCAUAGCUCCAACUUGCGCGCACACGAGCGCAGCCACGAAGGCAUCAAGCCCUACGUGUGCCACUACGACGGGUGUGGCAAACGGUUCGCGCAUAGCGUGAGCUUGAAGGAGCACAUUUGGAUGCAUGCCGGCGUCCAGCCAUACGAGUGCCCGUUCCCUGGCUGCAUGAAGAAGUUCACCCAAGUGUCCAACUUUGCCAGGCACAAGAAGUUGCAUGUGAUUGCUGGCCACCGCGCCGCAAAAGCGGAGCCGACCGCCGCCGCCGCCGCGAUGCAUGGGGGGAAUGGCCCUAGUCAACAGCAGCCCACCGUCAACAUCUAGGGAGGUUGUCCGUGGGAUCGCGUAUUUAUGUAACCACGAUGAUCGAUUUCAUAUUUUCACAAAUGUUGGUGGAAAUCAUCGCUCAGUUGCCUCCAACUCCCCCACGGACUACGUAGUAAUACUACGUACUUUUAAGUAGUAGUACUAGUAGUACGAGAUACCGUCUGCUGCACGUCAUGUCGUACAACAUGCACACUGGGUCGGUCACCUUCCGGUGCCCUUACAUGGGCAGUCCACUCAUUCUUUCUUGCCUAAUGCGGCGUCGACGGGGCAUCAUGGCCCCCGUGAGCUUUUGCC